CAAACACCAGGUCAAUUUCCUUCACGUAUCAGUAGCAUCCAAAUCCUCAUUUUUUUUACAUGCUCUAAAACUAGAAGGUGAAGAGCAUUGCCACCACUAGCAUUGCCAUGGCCACCGCCGGAAGCUUGUUGCACAACCUUGCACUCACCACAACAACCACCGCCGGUAGAUCAUCCUCGUUAUCGCCGUCGCGCCGCCAAGUUUCAAGGCUUAACCAGCAGAUACUGUGCAGGGCUCAGAAGCAAGCCACCGGCCAAGACGAUGACGGGAACCUCGUCUCCCGUAGAUUGGCUCUCACCGUUCUCAUCGGCGCCGCCGCUGUCGGCUCUAAGGUCUCUCCUGCGGUUGCUGCCUAUGGUGAAGCUGCAAAUGUGUUUGGGAAGCCAAAAACAAACACUGAUUUCACGUCAUACAAUGGGGAUGGAUUCAAGCUGUCGAUACCAUCGAAAUGGAACCCAAGCAAAGAGGUGGAGUACCCGGGGCAAGUGCUGAGAUACGAGGACAACUUCGACACCACCAGCAAUGUGGCCGUCAUGAUCACUCCCACCGACAAGAAGUCCAUCACCGACUACGGUUCCCCUGAGGAUUUCCUAGCCACCGUAAUAAAUCCAUUGCUGCUUGGGAAACAAGCAUACUUCGGUAAAACUGAUGCUGAGGGAGGUUUUGACUCCGGUGCAGUGGCGACCGCCAACAUAUUGGAGAGCUCAACCCAGACAGUUGGUGGAAAGCCGUAUUACUUCUUGUCGGUGUUGACGAGAACCGCCGACGGAGACGAAGGUGGGAAGCACCAACUGAUAACGGCCACCGUCAACAACAACAAGCUUUACAUUUGCAAGGCACAAGCAGGGGACAAGAGGUGGUUUAAGGGAGCUAGAAAGUUCGUGGAGAGCGCUGCCAGUUCCUUUAGCGCUGCUUAAAGCUAAGUUUAAGAAAAAUGGAUAGAGGUUUUCAUGUAAAUCUUCUUAAUUAUUA